AACAGUAUACACAAGGAGACAGAGUUAUGGUCUAACUGAGGUCAUGGUAGCUUGGAGAAAAAGGGGAGGAGAAAAAAAACGCUGUACUGAUGCCAAGUCCAGGACACUUAAAUUAGAGGGGUAGCUAAGCAAGAAGGCAUGUUUCAGUUUUAGAGAGAGCUGCAAUUUUCAGACUUGACCUCAAGCAGUUGGCAUUAUAGCAUUGUCAGGUGGUGAACAUAAGUCUCAAGGUUACCAAAUGGGAAUAUAAAAGUCUACAUAGUUUGCCGACGUCCAACUUCGUGUCGUUUACUCAAAUCUCUGCUGAGCUGAGAAUUUACAUUUUCAUUCACUGCUGUCCCUAAAGUGCCACUCCGCCUCCAAAGGCACAGGUGGAGCAGCCAUGUCCACUGGCUCUGUUGCAAGUGAUGCUGAGGACUAUGAGACAUGCCACAGGAAGGCCGUCUCCUCUGUGGACAGGAGCGCACGGAAGAUUACCUGCUAUAAUCCCGAUCGAUAUUCGGAUGAGGAGUUGGAGGACGACGGUGUAGAGGAGAGGAUCAAGCACGAGCGCAAACUCUCCAAAGCGCACCAGAAGGAAGCGCGGCAGUUGCAGAGGAACGCGGCCAACGCCAGGGAGAGGGCGCGGAUGAGAGUGCUGAGCAAAGCGUUUUCAAGACUAAAAACCAGCCUGCCCUGGGUACCAGCUGACACCAAACUGUCCAAAUUGGACACGCUUCGACUCGCCUCGAGCUACAUCUCUCACCUGAGACAGCUUCUGCAGGACGACCGGUUCGGGAACAGUUUUGCGCACCCAGUCAACCUGACCUGGCCGUUUAUGAUGACAGGCCGACCAGAGGACAGCCAAGGCAUCACUGUAAGACUGACAGCAUAGGACUGUCUUCUUCAAACACCAGCUUUGGUUCUUGUAGAGCCUGCAGACAUUAUGAAACCCUCCUGGCCACUGGCCAUCUUUGGAAAACUGUCAGCAUGUGUGCAAAACAAUGACUUUGAACUCAACUUAGGAUUGUGUAUUUCAGAGCAUGUCAGUUAGAACAAUAAAGAUUCCUAAGUUUGUUGAAAUAUAGUUUUUUUUUGUGUGCAUGUUAAUUAGUAUGGUAUGUUUACACUGUGUGUAAGCUCAUUUCUGAUGGUUUUAAACUCUGGAUACGGCUUUUACAAACUUCAGUCUCACAACUUGCUUUGUCGUUGUAUUGACUUCUAAACAGUGUUACAGAUAUUUUGGUUGAUCACAAAACAUUGUUGAUACAGUGUACAGCUGUGCCUGAAGGUAGUAGCAGUUUUCCGUUUUUACUUAUCUGCAUGGAUUAACAGAACCUAGAGUGCAUUUCACAAAAUCACCUCACAACUCAAAGUCUGUUUUGCUACUUUGACUGUAUUGCCAUCACCGAGCUGAAAUGUACCGCAGGAUUCUUCUAUAUUGUAGGUCUACAGUAUUUAUUGCUUUUGUGAUAUGUUUGUCCUUUGAUAUUUUUGCAUUUCAGAUAAAAUGUGAUUAAUAAUGGUUGUCUUGGCUUCCUGUGUUAAAUUGAAAUCAAAAAUCAAAACAAUACCCUCAGUCAUUUAGCUUUUUCUUCAUGUAUUGAGACUGACUUGAAAUACACAAUAAAUAGAAUUCCUUGAAUAUUGAGAGUGUAAAUAUCUGUGGGGAUUGCAGCAACUACAUUCUGUGAAAAGCAGAUGCAAAAAUGUUUGAUAUUUGGGCCAUUCAUACAUGUAACCAAACACCAAGUGUGCCAUUUGGAAACUGUUUACAGAUCGAUAUUUAAUUAGAAAAC